AUGUUUAUCAAAAAAAUGAAGCUGUAAUUAAAAAAAAGGAGUUGUUCGGUGUACGAAGGGGCUUCCACUUCAUUUCGUUUUCAAGACCCAGAUCAAAAUCAAGUAAGAAACCCUAACAACACUCUUCACUCCCCUCUCUUCUUCGGAUAUACUGACACUGGAGUAUAUUUUUGUAGCAUCAUGUUUCUCAAAGUGCAGCUUGCUUGGAAUGUCAUCAUUGCCGCAGAAAAUCUGAAGCCAGGAAGUCUUAUGCUUCAGCGGGCAAUCCUCAUCCGCCUUCUAAGCGACUUUGCGGCUAAAAAGGCGACGAAGGAUUUGGGAUACUUUCUUGCGGUGACGACACUUGAUAAGAUAGGAGAGGGGAAAGUGAGGCAACACACUGGGGAUGUCCUCUUCCCUGUUGUUUUCAGUUCUGUCACCUUCAAGAUGUUCAAGGGUGAGGUAUUAGAGGGGACAGUUCACAAGGUGCUGAAGCAUGGGGUUUUCAUGCGGAUUGGUCCGAUUGAGAAUGCUUAUCUGUCAAGUAGCAAGAUGCCUGGUUACGAGUAUGUUCUCGGUGAAAAUCCUUAUUUCAUGAAUCAGAAAAUGCCCAAGAUUGCAAAAGAUGUCAAGGUUCGAGUUGUGGUGAUCGGGACAAAGUGGAUGGAGGCAGAGAGGGAGUUUCAGGCGCUGGUUGGCCUGGAAGGGGAUUAUCUGGGCCCAAUUUCAACCUCUGAUAUGUAGCUAUGUUUUGGUGUAGCUAAACAUUAAUGUUUGGUAUCGCGAUGAAAGCGAGCAUUUUGUUGUAGGGUUUCAUGUUUGUGCUCUGUAUAUGCCUAUCGUACUUUAUCAAAUGUUGUAGGGUUUCAUGAUUGUGCUCUGUAUAUGCCUAUCGCACUUUUUCAUUGGGCUCGCAUAGAGUUCCCAUUAUUUGCCACUAUCUGAUGAUGAUAUAUUAGUUAAAAUACUUUUAAUAGUUCAAAAUCA